CAUACAACAAGAGAAGAAAUUAUAGAAAAUCAUACAAGACCUCUGGCACAGGAACUUUUUGGUGAUCUUACAAAUAAAAAAGCUAUUGCUGUUUUGGAUGGAACUUAUAUAUAUAUUCAGAAAAGUAACAACUUCCAGUUUCAACGGAAAUCAUAUAGUUUACAUAAAGGCAGGCCCCUUGUUAAACCCAUGGUUGUCACAUCCACAGACGGAUACUUUCUUACAGUUCUUGGACCCUACCUAGCUAGGAAUAAUGAUGCCACUAUCCUCAACCAUAUGCUUCAUACCAACGCAGAAGAUCUGAAGGGCUGGUUCCAUGAAGAUGAUGUUUUCAUUGUAGACAGAGGCUUCAGAGAUUCAGUCGAAAUGCUUGAGGAGCUGGGAAUAAGGGCCGAAAUGCCUCGUCUGAUGAGCAAAGGGCAGAAGCAGAUGACAACCUUAGAUGCUAAUGCCUCUCGUCUAGUCACCAAGAUUCGUUGGGUCGUUGAGGCAGCCAAUGCAAGGAUAAAGCGAUGGAAGUACCUUGCUCAUGUUCUUCCAACCAAUCAAGUGCCGUUUAUUGGUGACUACGUGCGCAUCGUGUGUGCCCUCUCCAAUCGAUACUGCAAGCCUCUGUCAACAGGAAGUGAAGAUGACGAUAUGGCACUUGCAUGCAAAAUGAGGUAUUUAUCAACAAAAGUUAACUCUUUAAAGACAUUUGUUGAAGAAAACUGUCUAGAUAAGAAGUCUGUAAAGUGGGAAGUGGCUACCGAUUCUUUGGAAUUCCCCAACAUCAGCGAAGAUGAUAUUCGAAAUCUGACCUGUGGAGUUUAUCAACUUAAGUUGUGUCCAAGUUAUAUUCAGGAGUAUUUGGAGGGGGAUGUGGAUAUCUUGGUUCACAGUGAGUUCCAUGGGCUUAUCAGGGUCAAGCUACAGAGCCGUCAUGUUUCUUCCAGACAGUAUCUGCUCUGGAUCCAGUUUUCUGAGUCUGAGAUCACUGCAUGGUAUUGCAGAUGUCGAGCGGGUGCCCGUGUUGUGGGAGUAUGUUCCCAUGUUGCCGCCGUUAUCUGGUUUCUUGCUGUUGGGAGACACAACAGGGAGGCUAUUUCAUCUAUUCAAGACUGGUCCGAGUUUGUCACUGAUGCAGCUGUAAUUGACGAAUCUGAGGACAGUGAUGACAGUGAGGUAGAGGAGUAACUGAUCGAGUUCAUUUUUCUUCUUCUUGUGAUCAAUCAGACUCUGUUGGUAUCCUGAAAAUAUGAACAUUUAUGAUUUAUAAUAUCAAAUAUUCAUUUAUCUGAUUCAUUUAAACAUAAUACAGAUCUGGUUGCAUUAUUAUUACACAAAUGUUUUGUAAUCAACAAUUUGUCAAUAGUAACAUAUUAUGACUUAAAGUGAGAAUUAUUUGAUAAUUAUAAUUAUUUUACAUAUGUACUAGUAGAAAAAUCUAAUACACUACUGUCAAAAGAUAUUUCUGUGCAUUAAUUUAAAUAAGAUGUUUUAUUGUUGUCUUUAAGUAUAUAAAAUCUAUCUAAAUCAUGAUGGAAGCACACUACCUACUUGUUAUCAUGCAAUUUUCUUGUCAAUUACAAAAUCUUUACUGCAGAUAAAUUGUACCAUGAUUAUAUAUUUACCUACAUGUCUGUAUAACUUAAAACAUUGUUUGCACUAGAAAGGGGUAUCUCCUCUGUAUAAACUAAUUUCAGUGCAUUUUUGCAUGAUUUGUUUUGUAUCAUGUUCAUUUAAUAUUGAAUCAAUUCAUUUUGUCAUCUCAUUUUUAAACUAACUGACAAUGUGCCAUAACGAAGAAUCUUUUACUUUAUGAUUACCAUAUUUGUUACCCAUUAUUUGCUAAUUUAAUUUCUGUGUUUCACAUGUUACAAGUAAAUAUUCUUAUAUAUAUUUCUUGAAUAUAUGACAUUGUUUGGGUUGAAAAUGGUAGUUACAUGUAUGCUAUGUAGAGUUUUAAAAUGUUGCAAAUAGAGCAUAGUUAUAGCUGUUGUUGUUUUUUAAUAGCUCUUCUUUGUUUUGUUUUCUGUUUUGCAUUGGAUCUAAUGUAUAUCCUUGUAUAUUCUUGGAAUUGGGUAAAUGUGUGAAUGUUUCAGAUCAGCUGAUGAACAAAUGAAUCCAUGAAAUGCAUGAUAUGUGUUAAUAAAUAAUACCUUUAAUAACAAAUAAACAAUAAUAAACCAAUCUAUAGUAAAGUGAACUUUUUUCCGCAAUGAAAUGGGCCAACAAUUGAAACGCUGCCAACACACCAUACUCUGUGGCUAUGCAGCGUGUUGGAACAGUACAUGUGACUCGAUCGUUGAUCUAACUCUUUUACUAUAAAAUAAUUCAAAUAUUUCUUAUUUUAUAUUUCCUUACGUUACAGAGAGAAUAUCGAUAUGUUUUAUAAC